AUGGUGGGUGCACCCGGCUCUGCGCCCCCGGGGCCUCCAGCUGCCAGCCACGCCAGGAGGACGCACGGCCAGAGCUGGGACCUCCGCCCUCCCCGGGGGCGCCAGUCUCUGGAAUCUGGCGACGCCCCCACCUCGCCCCUCGAAGCGGGGGUCCCGCAACGCUGGGCCCCGCCACCAUACCCAGGCCGCAUGGGGGCAGGUGUCAUUAGUUAAAGGCAUCUGCUGAAAGAUUUGGAACAGAAGAAGGUGGCUACUACGAACCAGACCAACUGUAAUACAGAAUCACCCGCAGCCCUGGAGGAGGCCAAGACCCCUGGUGCUCCUGGGAGCCCCCAGACACCCCCUGAGCCUCAUGACCCUGGUAGUUCCCUGCCCCUGACACCCCGGAUAGAGAGCCACUCGGAGGAGGAAGACCCUACUGGGGCUGGCAGUGGCCUGGGCUGGAACAGUAGGGCUUCCCGGACCCAGAGCCCAGGGGGCAGCUCAGUGGAGGCUGUGCUGGGCCGGAAGAAGCACCGCAGGAGGCCUUCAAAGCGCAAAAGGCACUGGCGGCCCUACCUGGAGCUGAGCUGGGCCGAGAAGCAACAGCGGGAUGAGAGGCAGAGCCAGAGGGCCUCCCGGGUCCGCGAGGAGAUGUUCGCCAAAGGCCAGCCGGUGGCGCCCUACAACACCACCCAAUUUCUGAUGAAUGACCGAGACCCUGAGGAGCCCAACCUGGAAGUGCCCCAUGGGGCCUCCCAGCCAGGCUCCAGCGGGGAGAGCGAGGCAGGGGAAGGCGACGGGCGAGGCCCGGCUCACGGUGAGUUCCAGCAGAGGGAUUUCUCCGAGGCCUACGAGCGCUACCACACGGAGCGCCUGCAGGACCGCAGCAAGCAGGAGCUGGUUCGAGACUACCUGGAUCUGGAGAGGCGGCUGUCGCAGGCCGAGGAGGAGACCAGGAGGCUGCAACAGCUACGGGGGUGCACCGGCCUGCAGCCCUGCCACCAGGUGGAGGAGCUGGCUGCUGAGGUCGAGAGGCUCCGGACAGAGAACCAGCGGCUCCGGCAGGAGAACGAGAUGUGGAACCGGAAGGGCAGCUGCCCCGGCGGGGAGUCGGGCACCUAGGGGGGCCCCUCACCCAGGCUGACCCAGGGAGAAGGUCCCAUUUCAUAUACACUCAGGCCGCUGGGUCUCAGGGAGGCAGGUGGCAGUUGGAAACCACUCCCAGUACCCCUGUGUCCGCUGAGAACAGCUAGAAUCGGUUCAGGUUCAGCCUUCCCACCUUGUCUUUUCCAUAAUGUGUUCUUUGAUGUCUUCGUAUUUUUCUCAAAGAGAUUAAAUAAUUUUCGUGAGGUCA